AUGUCUGGUACCAACCCGAAUUCGUCGUUCGAGGCUGGAGUGAGCACUGCCACGACCGAACACAAACUGAGCCGAUCUAACAAUGUUAUUCUUAUCGAGCAGUCCGAAGUAAUAGACAAGGAAGCAGCAUACAAACAACGUCUCAACAGACCGUUCAAAGUCAUACAACAUCUUCCUUUGUCUCAGCAGGAGCCAAAUUAUGAACAGCUAGACAACCCUCUUUCGAUCAGAGAUUCUGCUACUCUGUAUAAUUCGCUGAUAGUGUCUCGUCAUCAUUGGCUUCAUAACGUUUUCAAGACUUUCUGGACUAGACGAGAACAAUACAUGACUCCUGCAGAUGGCCGCAAAAAAGACCGACUCAGCAAGAUGUGCGACAUGAAGCUCGUUGCCGGGCCGCAUACUUUUGAGAUUCGACUGUUUAUUUUGAAAGAGGAGGAGAAGGAAAAGCGGUAUUUCGAAGAGUUGGAACGCAGAAGAGAGGAAAGACAAAAACUUCGAGAUGAAAGACUGAGCAAGCCUUGUGAUCCUGUCAAGAACAACUCAAUAACACCAGUCAAAAAGGAACCGUCUGUUGUUGCCCCUUCGCCCAAAAUAGUCAAGCCACUGCCGCCUCCUGCGUCCCUUCCCGAGCCAGCGCCGCCAAAACCAGCUGAGGACGGAAAGUCUAACGAUUUAAUGGCCAACCCUGAAAAUGCAAUGAUGAUCCAAAAUCUGAAUCUCAUUGCCCGCUCAGAUCCACAUCUCAGCUCUCUAAUGAAAAUUGUUGCAUCUGGUAACGCUUCCAGCGACCAGAUAGCAGAAUUUCAACGCUACAUUCAAAGAGCUCGUCAAAUGGGGAAUCCAGCAAGCUACUACCAAAGAAUUCAACAACAGAACCAAGAAAGACAGGAUUUUCUUCGAAGAGCCCAGGAUCCUGCAACUGGUGAACGCAGACAGCUUACCAGAGAGGAGAGGGAGCGUUUAAAGCAAGAGGAGAAGGAGAGGAAAGCCAAAGAAAAAGAAGAAAAGAAAAAGAAAAAGCAGCUUCAAAAAGAGCAGGAGAGAUUGGAGAAGGAAAGAGAAAGACAAGAGCGCAAGGAACGCAGGGCACGGUUAGAAAGAGAACGUCAGGAACGGCAAAAAUUGAACCUUGGCCCUAUAGACUUUGGCGACGAGUUUGAAAUGGACAAGGAACGAGAAAGAAGAGAGAAGAGAGAAAAGAAGAGACAGGAAGAAAAAGCUAAAUUGGAGAAGCUGCUUGCUGGAGACGACCGGCUAACGGCUUUCCAAGAGAGGUACACAAAGGACGCUACCCUGAUUAUUGAGUUUCACGAAAAUAACUCCUCAAGAUUUUAUUUCCCCAAGGACUCAAUUAUCGAAAUUAUUGACGAAAGAGACAAAGCUGAUGAUGAGAACGAUGACCGUCCCCUGGAUGAUAACUCAAAAGAAGGCUCGCUCAAACCGGCAGUGUCCGCAUCUCCUCCUCCUUCAGCAUCAUCUUCAGACUUGUCAAAAAAAUACAAAAAAAUGUUCGUUGAAUUGCUGAUCUCUUUUGUUAUGGUUCACAAUCAGCGUGAGAUCGAUGCCUAUGAAAUGCGAAAAAAGAGGGAGGAAGAAGAAAAACUGAGAGCUGAAAAGGAAAAGGAAGAACUGGAAAAGCAAUCAGAGCGGAGUGUUGAGAUAAAAGAGGAAGACGAAGAGAAUGGGGAAAUAGAGCAUGAAGAAGCUGAAGAAGCGGGAGAUAAAAAGAAGACCACCAAAAAGAAGAGGAAAGCUAAACGGAACUGGGGACCGGCAAAAAGACAAACAAGAACUUCCAAGCAGGUCAAUGACGAGGAUUUGGAACCCCAGGAUUUUGGAGAUGAGGAUGUCAAGCCUGUCCCAAUAUAUUCAACCAGCACUUUGAGAUUGGUGGAAGUUCCUUACAAAUUUGCAGAACUAAUCAAAAACAGCGCAAAUCCGCUUCCAGAGGUACAACAGAAGAUGAAGGAUAUUUUUGCAACGGGUAAGAGGCUUACCAAGUAUCAUGUUUGGUACCGGCUUGACGGCCUUAAGGACGAACUGUUGGCCGAAACACUGCGUUUCAAUUUGAACCGCCUUGAGUACAUCAGUGGAGGUGGUAAACUGAAAGGAAAGGCAAUGUUAAAGCGUAUCGUAGAAAAGUCUGGUUCCGAAGCCGAAGUCAGCAAUAAACGGCAACGACGGUCUCAAGUUUGA